CCGUGGUCCGAGCGCGGUCUGCCGCGGUCUGGACACCCGAGGUGGGCGCCGGGCUGGGUGCCUCGCUCCUGCCCCGGGGGGGACACGCGCUUCCUCUUCCACGCUCCCGGGCGUCCGGACGGGAGGGUCACGGCCGGUCCCGUAAGUUCGGGUCCCCGCGAGUCUGGGUCCCCGCGAGUCUGGGUCUCCGCGAGUCCCGGGUCCCAGCGGUCUCGGGGGCGGCGGUCGGCUGCUCCCACUGCGCCGGGGGCGCACAGGCCGGACGGGAGCGGGGAGCAGGAGGGGGGCCUCCAGCGGGAAGAUGAGGAAGCCCGACGGGAAGAUCGUGCUUUUGGGAGACAUGAACGUGGGCAAGACGUCCCUGCUUCAGAGGUACAUGGAGCGGCGCUUCCCGGACACGGUCAGCACGGUGGGCGGCGCCUUCUACCUGAAGCAGUGGCGCUCCCACAACAUCUCCAUCUGGGACACCGCAGGGCGUGAGCAGUUCCACGGCCUGGGCUCCAUGUACUGCCGGGGGGCGGCCGCCGUCAUCCUUACCUACGAUGUGAACCACCCGCAGAGCCUGGUGGAGCUGGAGGACAGAUUCCUGGGCCUGACGGACACGGCCAACACCGACUGCCUCUUCGCCAUCGUGGGGAAUAAGGUGGACCUGAGGGAGGAGGGGGCCACGGAGAGCCAGGAGAAGGAAGGACACAGCCCCGGGACGGCCGGUGCGUCACCCAAGGUGCCCAAGCAUGUGCGGCUGGAGGACGCGAUGGCCCUCUAUAAAAAGAUCCUGAGGUACAAGAUGCUGGAUGAGAAGGAUGCGCCAGCCGCUGAGCAGAUGUGCUUUGAGACCAGCGCCAAAACCGGGCACAAUGUGGACCUGCUAUUUGAAACCUUGUUUGAGAUGGUGGUGCCCAUGAUCCUGCAGCAGAGAGCCCAGGGGCCAGUGCAGACCGUGGACAUCAGCAGUUACAAGCCGCCCAGACAGACCAAAGCUGGGUGCUGUGCCUGACUCGCAGGGCCCCCGGCCCCCCGUUUACACGAUUGGCAGGCGUGUGGCCAACAGACCUGCAGUCAGAAGGGGCACAGAAAGUCAAGGCGUUACUUUGUAAUGACGCCCGGAGGAGGAGACCAGAGUGGAAUGGACAGCUGGUUAUGAAGAGAAACUCAACGUGCGCAGUCGCCUCCGUCUCCAUCGCUGCGGUGGGAGCAGAUGGACCAUUUACAGAACCCACUCUGCAGAGCCGGGACUCCUGGAGCCCCGUCCCCUUGCUGCUCCUCUCCUAAUAGCCUGGCUCCGACGGGCACCCGUUGCCUGGUGUGUGUGCACCUGUCUCGACACCUGCACGACCUUCAUGUCUGUUGUUCUCAGACAUCCCUCUUCACUGUGAUUUAUCUUUGGUCCUUGUAUCUUGAGUCCUCAUAAUGAUUCUCGACAUGUGAAUUUAGACGAAAUCAGGAAUCACGGUUUUUAUAUUGGUUGCAAUAGUGUGAUCUACACAUAUUAUUAAAAAGGUUUUGAGAA